AUGGUUGUGCGCAUCGGUUUGAACAAGGGAAAGGCAGAGGCGAGAGGAGUGGGAGCGGCAGAGGCGACAAGAGUGGGAGCGAGCGAAGAACAGGAUGAAAGGGAAAGAGGGAAUACAGGUGGGAGUGAUGGGGAGAUUCGGAACGGCAGUCAUUCUUGGGGAAGGAAAGGGAGCAGGAAACGGAAGAGGGCAGAGAGGGGGCUACAGAGAGGGAGGGAAAGGGCAGGAGGGACAGAGGGAAGGAGAGUGGAAGCAGGGUAUGGGGGAGAAGAAGGAAGGGGGGUGGAAGGAGCAGGGUUGAGGGAGAUGGGAAGGGCGAGGAGGGAAGAGAGAGGUGGAGAUGGGUGGAGGGAGGUGGAGUUGGUGUUUCCAGAUGCAGGCGAGAGAAUGCGCGGGAAAAGGGAGAGGGGUGGGAGGGAGAGGAGGGGCGGAGGGGAGGGGGUGAUAGGAGGGGACAUGGGGAUGGGAGGGGAGGGGAGGAUGGGUGGGGAGCAGUGGAUGGGAAGGGAGGGAGGGCAGGGCAUGGGGCACGGCAUGGGGCAUACCCGGAUAGAUUUAAACGUGAUGGUUGAUGCAGGUGAUGAGAGCAAUUACAGGGACAUAGGGGGGGGAAACGGCAUUGGAGAGCAGUGGCGCAUGGGUUGCGCGGAUGGGGAGGGAGCAUUGGCUGCUUUUGAGGCGCCUCAAAAGGUGAUGGGGGGGAGAAGUUGCGCUGAUGGGGAGGGAGCGUUGGCUGGAGGGGAUUGGAGAGGGGAGGGGCGGGAGGGAGGAUGGAGAGUAGGAGAGGAGAGGGGUGAUGGCGGGGUGGGAGAUGGGGAAAGAGGGGGGCAGGAUGGAUGUGGGAGGGUUAUGAGAUACACAGCUGAUGGGGUGGAUGGGGGGGAUGGGGGGGAUGGGGGGGAUGGGGCGGAUGGGGGGGAUGGGGGUGAUGGGGGUGAUGGGGGUGAUGGGGGUGAUGGGGGUGAUGGGAAUGGAGUGAGUAUGCGAGGCAGACAGGCGAAUGAGUGUGUUGAUACCAGCAGUGCUCCCGCGCGCACAGAGCGGGGGAAGGAUGUGAGGAGAGGAGGGCUUUUGAGACGUCUCAAAAGACAGGAGGAUGAGUGUGUUGAUACCAGCAGUGCUCCCGCGCGCACAGAGCAGGGGAAGGAUGUGAGGAGAGGAGGGAGUUAUGGGUGCAGAGGUAGAGGGAGCAGGCGAAAUAGCGGUUCAGAGGCACAGGUACAGGGGGGGGUACAGGGGGGGGAUACUUUUGAGGCGCCUCAGAGUUCUCAAGAGCCACUUAGAAAUAGGAGAGUCGGUUCAGAGGCACGGGUAGAGACUUUUGAGGUGCCUCAGAGUUCAGAGGCACAGGUACAGGGAAGGGAAGAGGAGGAGAAGGAGAAAGAGGAGAAGGGGAAGGAGGAGGCGGAUGAGGAGGAGGAGGAUGAUGAGGAGGAGGAGGGAGACGAGGAAGGGGAGGAGGAUAAGGUAGAUGAGGGGGAUGAGGGGGAUGAGGGGGAUGGGGGGGAUGAGGGGGAUGAUGGGUCCAAGCAUAAAUCCGAGGAGCAAGAGGGAGUGGAUGGUGGUGAGAGGUCGUCGAAACCAGUCACAGGCAUGAGCGUUUCUGAGAACUCUCAGAAGCGGCUCAGACUGUGCGUUACCGCUGCUGGAACUUACAGUGGGAGUGCUUUUGAGGCGCCUCAAAAGCGGCUCAGACUGUGCGUUAGCGGUGGUGGAAAUUACAGUGGGAGUGCAGAGGUGAGGCGGAGUGGGGGUGCUGUUGCAGGGGCGGGAGGGAGGGAUCGUGCUGCUGCUGAGGGGGGCGCAAUGGCAGCUGAAACGGAUGCACUGACGGCAAUGGGGACACAGACGCACGCACAGGCACAGGCACAGGCACAGGCGCAGGCGCAGGCACAGGCACAGGCACAGGCACACGCAGAGGCAGUGGCAGUGGCAGCGGAAGAGGGGAAAGCGGUGGGACAAAGCAUGGCAUACAGGCAGGAGCAAGGCGAAGCAGCAUUGAGAAGAAAGCAACAUGUGGCACCACGAACAGAGGCAGCACGCGUUGUGGCAGCAGCAGCAGCAGCGGCACGCGCCACCACUUGUGGUGCUACCCUUGCUGCUCCUGCUGCUGCUGCUGCUCCUGCUGCUGCUGCUGCUGCUGCUCCUGCUCCUCCUGCUGCUGCUGCUCGUAGUGACACUGAAUUUGCUGCGGAUGUUCCUUCUGGUGCCCAGCUGUCCCAGGCGUCCCCUCCUAUUACCAACACGCCUGCUGCGCCUCUGGCCCCUGCCCCUGCUACUGCUGCUGCUGUGUGCUUCUGCCGCGUUUUGACACAUCUCAUCUCAAAACGAAAGGCCUCCGCACCGCAGCCCGCAGCCCACCUGUCCGCUAUUGACUUGACUGCCCCGGCUCAUCCUGUCCCUGCUCCCGUUGCCCCUUCUCCUAGUGCUUCUGCUGCUGCCCCUCGCCUUGCCUCCACAAACCCUAGACAAGCCCCCCCAACCCCAACCCCAACCUCUGGUAGCUCUUAG